AUGACAUUGGUUUCCACCAAAUCGCCUGUUGGGAGCAGCACCUCUGCGUUCUCGCGAACGUCAACGGCAUGGGAUAACCGAUUGAAGACUUUCGUUUACAUCCUCGCAGCGGCCGGCAUCGCUUUGGCGCUCUGGUUCGCCACGUUCGAAGCCGCCACACUCCUUUUGCAUCCCAAAUUUUACGCCUCGCGAUAUCUCGGUGUUCACAUACUUCGUUUCACGCGGGAAGCGCGGCGGAGUUCAGCGGGAAGACGGGUGGAAACAGCAGGUACAGACUGGCGGCCUGUUCCAGACCGACACGUGGCGGAGAAGGCAGUAACCAUGUCCGUGCUAUCGCUGCCGCAUAAUCCUCUCACGAAUCGCAAGAGAACCGCCAAAUUAGCGCUACUGUUUUUAACGGAUCAGGGCCUCCUGCCUCUAAAGCGCGUAUGGGAUCGGUUCUUACAGGCGGAGCUCAAAGGCUCGGUGGAGCUCGAGGGCGACAACAGCAAUUUCUCCGUCUACGUGCACACGGGCGGCACUGAGAUGCGCUAUAACGCGGACGAAGGCCGGUUCCUUCGACGAAACGACAUCCCCAUGUCCCUUCCUCCCCGCACGUUCCUUGCUCCCCGCGUGUCCCUUCCUCCCCGCACGCCCCUUGCUCCCCGCGCGCCCGUUCCUCUUCGCGCGGCUCUUUCUCUCAGGGCGUUUCUUCCGCUCCGCGCGUCGCUUCGUUUCGGCGUGUCUCUUUCUCAUCGUCGUCUCCUCCCUUUCGUGUUCUCCCACCACUUUUCUUGUCUGCCUCACCCACCUUCUCCCCAUCUUCCCAUCCCUCCUUUCCGCCACUUCCUCCCACAGGUGCAAGAGGGCGCGAUAACGGCGGUGGACGCGCAGAGGCGGCUGCUGGCAUGGGCGCUGCUGGACCGCGACAACCACUUCUUCCUCUUCCUCCACCACACGUGCGCCCUCCCUGCUCUCCUUCUUUCCACCUUGCUUCCAUCUUCCUUUUCCGCCAUCCCCAUCCAGAGCUUCAGCCGCAUCUACUCGUCGUUGCUGCACUCGCGCCACUCCUUCGUCGCCAUGGCGAACGAUCCGACAGCAUAUCCGCGCGGGCUUGCUCCACUCGUUCCGCAGCACAAGUUUGCGCGGAGCUCCAAGUGGGUGGCGGUGAACCGACCGCAUGCAACGGCCAUCGUGGCAGACAGCAUGUUCUACCGCGCCUUCAAGCUGCACUGCCCCGGCACGGCAGCAGUGUCUAGCGGGAGCAACAGUGGGGCGCCCUCCACCUCGUCGCCAGCAGCGCACACACCACCAGCAGCACCAGCGUGCCGGCCUGACGAACACUACAUCGCUACUUUCCUCAGGACAGUAGACCCCGAUGGAGUGGCCAACUUCACCAUCACCCACGAGCCGCACAUGGCUACCGCUGCUGCUGUGCACGCUCACAUGCGGGAACAGGCCCUGCAGCGCACGCGCAAGCGGCGGCGGCAGCAGCGGCGGGAGGAGGGCGCCAUGAGGCGCGCAGGAGCAGAGGAGGGUCAGGGGGGGGAUGGUGAGGUGUGGCAGGGGCGGAGGGAGAUGCUUGAGCGGGUGGGGGAGUGGGAGGAGGUGGAGUAUGGUGCUGUAAACAUCACUUCGAGGUUCAUCCAGGACAUGCAAGAGGCAACGACAUAUUUCCAUAAGAUUGCAGAUUCUGUUAUUAGCCCCACAACCUGUAGAUGGAAUGGCCAACCCAAGCCAUGCUUCAUGUUUGCUCGGCCGUUUCGACCAGACUCUGCAGAUGAGAUCAUGAGCAUUUUACCAAAUGUCCUCCAUUAUUGA